AUGCUUAACGGAGUCACCAAGGCCGUCAACCUCUACCUCAUCCCCCUCCUCUCGCUCACCUCCUUCAUCCUCAUCCUCUUCACUUACCUGGCUCCGGUCAUUCUCUUCCCGGGUCAAGUCUCCCUUCUAUCGGUCACCCCAUCUACUGCCCUCACAGACUCUAGGUCUUCUGACGGUGUGGAUGGGCCUUCGGUCUUCCUGGGCGCGCUCGGCUCGUGCACGCGCCCCAACAAUGGUGGUCCUUUGACCUGCACUGCGCCCACCGUCUCUCCCACCUACGACCUCUCCGUGCUCCCCAAGAGCGCGCCGGACCUGCUCUCCGCGCCCACCGCGACGACGCCCGUGUUCAUCGCCAUCUCCCUCGCGUUCACGAUCAUCUUCUUCAUUCUUUUCACCCUUACCACCUUCCGCUCCAAGAUGGGCAAGGCCGGCAACGUAUUCGACAAGCCCGCUGUGCAGCGCGCGACCGCCUGGAUCGGCCUCCUCGGCUUCCUCAUCGGCAUCGUCUCCUUCCUCGUCAUCCGCAUGUGGUUCGGCAAGGCCGUCGAGGACUUCAACCGCGACAUCUUCGAACAGGGCUCCAACGCCCCGCAGCUUAUCGCGUCGACCGCCAACGGCUUCAUUAUGGCCUGGGUAGGCUUUGCGUUCUACGCUGUCCCUGUCGUAUCUUCUCUGGCUAAGCUCCACGUCGCUGCUGGCAAGGCGUGA